AAGUGACUGAGCAGCAGAGUGAGAGACUGUUCGUGUGUGGGAGAGAGAAAACGCGGGAGAGAGAGAAACAGCGGUGAUGAUCGACGCCAGGCUGCCACCACUCUGCAGCAGAGAGUGGCUGCAACAAAAAGCACAGAAUAACAUCCCCGACUCCCCGCUCUGCUUUUUUUCUCUCUCUGCGUCUCAGCUAGCGGAUGAGGGCUCCGCUCACAGCUCUGCAGAGGCUCUGCCGAGACCGAGCCGGCGUCAGACGCAAGAUCGCUGCCUGCCAUCAACAAGUUAGGCUUGGACGACCAGAGCCAUGAAAGAAAAACACUUGAUUUUCAAUUAAAACGUCACAGACAUCUUCACUGCAGUGGAAGGAAAUCAAAAGGGUAAAAGAAAAAGAAGAAGAGGGAGCUGCUGACUGGAGUCACUCUGGAUCUAACUGAUCAACUUGAUAAAUAUAAUACAUAUAUUUCUAUCAAGGAUUUGUGGGUUGAAGGAGAAAAGAUUUAUUUCUUCUUUGUGCUUGGAUUUUAGGGGACUCUGGCAAAAACACAAGGAAUAAACAUCUUAGGACAUGGAAUUUUACAUUUUGUUUCAUUCGGGUGGGUUCAGAAUUGCUCUAUUUCAAAAGAAGCCGAUUCCUUUUGUGUUUACUCAAAAGGGUUUUUUCCCUUUGGAUUUUUCUUCCAUCCCGUUGCUCCAAGAGUCUUUGGAAAAGGACAGUUGAAUGCAGCCUCCGAUGUACACAAAAGAAUGGGUUUCCAUUCAAGGUGGCCAUUGGUGGGACCUGCACCAGUGGCUGUGAGUGUGAUCAGUAUGCUCGUAGCGUGUCUGCUGUCUCCUGCAUCAUGCACAACCUGCCCUCAAAAAUGCCGCUGUGAGGACCUGCAGUUCUACUGCGACACCCAGGAGCUUAAGGCACCACCAGAUGGUGUGGACAAGGGCGCCUUGGGGUUGUCGCUACGCCACAACAGCAUCACUGAGCUCUCCCCUGAUCAGUUCUAUGGUUUCAGCCAGCUCACCUGGCUACAUCUAGACCACAACCAGAUCACCACGGUACAAGAGGAUGCCUUUCAGGGGCUCUAUAAACUGAAGGACCUCAACCUGAGCUCCAAUCGUAUCACCAAGUUGCCCAACACAACCUUCAUCCACCUCAUCAACCUUCAGAUCCUGGACCUUUCAUUCAAUCAGAUGACAUCAUUGGAGCCAGAACUGUUUCAUGGACUUAGGAAGCUCCAGAUACUUCACCUCCGCUCAAAUUUACUUCGCACUACACCUGUACGAGCGUUUUGGGACUGCCGCAACCUGGAAUAUCUGGGCCUGAGCAGCAACCGUCUACGGAGCCUUGCCCGGAAUGGAUUUGCUGGGCUCAUUAAACUCAAAGAGCUCCACUUGGAGCACAAUCAGCUGACCAAGAUUAACUUGGCCCAUUUCCCUCGUCUCCUUGCCCUCCAGUUUCUCUAUCUCCAGUGGAAUAAGAUCAACAAUGUCACGUGUGGCAUGGAGUGGACCUGGAGCACUUUAGAGAAGCUGGACCUCACAGGAAAUGAAAUCCGUGUCCUGACACCUGACGUGUUUCAAACGCUGCCAAAUUUAAAAAAUUUGCUACUGGAUAACAACAAACUAAGCAGCUUGGAGCCCCAAGUCUUGGAUAUGUGGCAGUCUUUGAGUACAAUUGGACUGUCCAGCAACCUUUGGGAAUGUACCAAAAGGAUUUGCUCUUUGGCCACAUGGUUGAGCGCCUUCAAGGGAAGGUGGGAACAUUCCAUUGUCUGCCAUAGUCCCGAAUAUGCCCAAGGGGAGGAGAUACUUGACGCCGUCUAUGGAUUCCAGCUUUGCCAGAAUUUUUCAGCACCAGUCAUUCAGACCAUCAGUACAACCACAGACACUACUACGGCUGCUGAGAUCACAAGCUCCUUGUUUGGAAUUAUGCAGCCAACCCCCACACAGGACUAUGCAGAGGAUUUUGGGAGCUUUACCACACUCACAACCACCACAACCACAACACAAACACCAAGCACUGCUGAAGCAACUACUGCUUUGCUGGAAGAGGCAGCUGUAACAGAUGAUUUCUUAGCUAUGGACAACACUGUCAUGACUCAUAGGGUCAUCAUUGGAACUAUGGCCCUUCUCUUUUCUUUCUUUUUCAUAAUUUUUGUUGUGUAUAUCUCACGAAAGUGCUGCCCCCCCACCCUGCGGAGGAUACGCCACUGUUCUGCUAUUCAGAACCGCAGACAGAUGAGGACCCAGCAGCGACAGCCAAUGGCAGACCUAGCCACACAGGUACCCUAUAAUGAGUACGAGCCCAGCCAUGAAGAAGGGGCUCUCGUCAUCAUCAAUGGCUACGGGCAGUGCAAAUGUCAGCAACUGCCUUACAAAGAGUGUGAAGUAUGAACUCCUAUUUAUUCCUAGACCAUAAGGUUCGUCAUUUGACCAUUUCAGAACAAACAGGGUUUGCUUCUUUAAUUUGUUUCUGGUUUCUGUAAAAAGCCUAAUUUCUACAAGUGACAUUUGAAAACAUGAUCAAUAUCGAAUGCUACAAAGACAGAGACUGGACAGUAAACAAACUAUGUGGAGAUAGUCACAAUUUUAUUUUUCUAUGAAAGAAAGGUUGUUCAUAUCAGCCAGGGGCAAUCAUUUUAAAUAAGAAAAUUGUAAACUGUGAGAUUUGUCUCUACAUUGUCUAUAUUUUGCAGCACAGCUUAAUUAAAAGGGUCAUACAGCCCUUUGCUAACAAAGUACCUAAAGUGAAGGGAUGCGAUUUUGUAAUGUUUUAUUUUUUUUUGUUUUCCAAAAGGUUAAAAAAAAAAACAUUUAAAAUAUUGUUUCCCAAAUUCAUCAGAGGCACUGAAAUUAAGAAGGUUCUUACUAAUACUCAAUUGUUUGAGAGUAGAAACCUGAAAAAACAUUACAUUCACCAAAUCAGCGAUAUAUCAAUUUAACCAACAACCUUAAACCAGAUAAACUGUUUUUUCAUAAAUUGUAGCUGCUACUCCACACAAAGAAUAAAAAAAAUGUUCAAUUAUAUUAAUUGGAUGAUUUUCUUUUUUGUCAGAUAUAUGCUCAAAAAUCCUGAUUUGCAGCCAACAGAAGGCAUUCUGCAUUUGGGCUUUUGUCUAUCACAUUCAGCUACUAGAAAUAAAUCCUUAACCUUUGGGACACACCACAGUGUGUUCAACUAUGGUUAAUAUCCAAUUUAUCUAUCUUUAAAGGAAAAAAACAACUACAAACCUUUAGUGUACAAUUAUUUGUAUAUGGAUUACACAUUUUGUAAAGGCCAUACAAACUGUGACCAUAAUAUAUUUUGGGGCUUAAUUUAAUUAAGUACAAUAUGCUGAUUUGCCAUAACAGGAUCAAUUUCUAGAUUUACGUGAUAUGCGAGUAGCAAGUGAAAGGGCAAUGAACAGAGCAAAUGCCAGAACAUUUUAUGCUGAAAAUAAAAACCUCUCCCAGAAGCCCACCCUCUUACGCUUACACUCUAAUCAAGACUGACGGGUUCAAGAUUGAGCCAAUUAAGGCAAGGCAAAAAGAAUCUUAAUAUUCUGUGUCCCACACCAGUGAACCAGCAACAUCUAGAUCUUCCAUCAGUAAAAUGUAGUUUUUUGUCAUCAUUUGUGAGAUAACACCAACAACUCCCCUAAACUUGUUUUAUUUUAUACAACAGCAUCAAUAAAACUGUAACUUGCAGUCUGAAAAAUGAAUUCACAUUCAACAAAUAUAUCAGUUCUCCUGUUUGAACUAACAAGUGUUGAGCUAAACUGUGCUCAAUACUCUAGGCAAAUUGAGAUCCAAUGAUAAGCAAACAGCAGGCUUUGGUGAGGACACAUUUGUAUGCAGCAGAGAGAAGAUGUGCAUUAGCAUCAGUCUGAAGCUGCUGCUGCAGCUUCGCACUUCAUGUUCGAUUCAAGAGUGGGGGCAGGGUGAAAGUAAGUGGGAUUGAGAUGAAUUGACGGGAUGAAAAGAGGGCACAAAUUGUUAGAUAACUUAAGUUUAAAACAACUUAAUAAUAAAAUGGAAUUUAUUAUAAUUGCUUGUGUUUUAAACAUACAACACAGCAGCUUUUGGUUUCAUAUCACUCCGCAAUGAGGCAUUGCUCUAAUUCCACAGCACCUUUAAAGAAGAUGUACCAUAUGACAAGAAUGAGAGCAUUUCUCUAUUUGGGCAGAGGCAGAAGGUAUUAUUUGUGGGUUUGUCUUCUAGGUUAUGGAAAUUUGGCUUCAGGCUUUUACAUAAACACAUUUGUAUAAGUGCGUCUCUAAAAAUUCUCAUGCCAUCAAACACAAACUGUGUAAGUAAACCAAAAACUUUUUUACACUUUUAGUUAAGACCAUUUUUUCCAAAGCCAAGUAAUUCCCUUUCUAAUUUCAAGUUUCUCUUCCAGCUUCGCACUGCUUUUACUGCUGCCCUUCUGACCUUGCAUGUUCAAAAGUCCAACUUUCAGUGACAUACUUCUCAGUUUCAUUCAGUAAACGUUACGAGACCCCAUUUUCUGAUGGAUACAAAAGUAAAUUAAAUUCUAUGAGUUAUGGCAAUCAUGACAUUGACAUUUUACGGUUCAAGACUACAGUUGUACCAAGUGACUGAAAAUCCACAAAAUUUGUAGGAUUAUGCAUCCCUUUGCACUUUGGCUCUUUGUAAACUGUUUUGUUUCCUCCCGUCAUCCUCUAGUUCUUCUCUCCCUGCUAAAAAAACGCUGAAAUGAAAAAAAAAAAAAAAAAAACUACAAGAAUCCCUACUCAUCUCGAAACUCUUUGUGCAAAACUGAAUGCUUUUCUCUUCCCAUUUUCCUUUUGUAUUGUAAUAUGUACAAUUUCAUAUCUGUAUAGUGGAUAAGAUGUGCCAAACUGGAAAAAAAAAAAAACAUUGUCCCUUCAAAACAUAUAUUUUUUAAAUAAAAUGGUUAUAAUUGUUUGCAAAUCGUUUGCGAACUAAUGUACGCU